CUAGCUGCGGCGGCGGCCAGAGAGGGAGGCGGGAAACUACAGCAGUGGCUUCGGCGGCUGUAGAAUUACUGUCCCAUACGUGAGGACAUUUUCCUGUUUCGCUCCGGCAACACAUUAUAUUUGUUCGGCGCUCACCAAGUGCACGAAAGGGUUAGCCCCGAGUUGUUGUGAGCUCCUGGCAGUUCAGGGAAGGGGGGGCCGCUCUGGUGACUGAAGCAGCAGCCUAUCACCGGGCCGGCUCCCCUCCCCCCUCCUCUCCCUCCCUCCCUGGAGCUGUGCAGCUGAGGAAAGCGAGAGAAGGGAGAAGCACUUCAGAAAAAAAAUAUAUAAUAAUUCCUCCUCCUCCCGUGGAUCCAGAGCUGGGCGUAGUGUGUAUGCUUCAAGCCGGAAUCGCCAGCAGCAGCCGAGGCGGAGGGCGCCGCCGCCCCGCUCCUCGAGGCUGAGCCCGACCAUUUUCUUUUCAGUGCAAGGAUCAUCCAUCAUACGGGUUGCAGGGGAGGAAAAUUGCGCCGAUUUCCAAAUUUGGAAUAUACCUAUUUACUGGACAGAACACACACAAAUAAUAAACGGUGGAUUAUAAUUUUAUUGUUAUGUCGUCGGCGACGGUGGCCGCCUCCCGGCGGCAGUCGUGUUACCUUUGCGACCUGCCACGCAUGCCAUGGGCCAUGAUUUGGGACUUCACGGAGCCCGUGUGCCGGGGCUGCGUCAACUACGAAGGGGCCGAUCGCAUUGAGUUUGUCAUCGAGACGGCCCGGCACUUGAAGCGGGCGCACGGGUUCCAGGAGGGCAGGUCCCCCGGGCCUUCGCCUUCAUCCUCCUCGUCAUCUUCCUCCUCCUCUUCAGUCAAGCCGCAGCUCAGCGCAAAGGAGAUGGCGCAGAUCGGGCACACGAUGGGGGGCCCCGAGGGGGUAACACGGACCUCGCAGCAGCCCCCUCCUCCGCAGUGCCUGGACCGCUACUCGCUGGAGAGACCGCCGCCCCCUCGUCUGGGAUCGGAAUAUGGCGUUGGCAGGCAAGUGAAUGGGAUUCUCUUACCCAACGGCUUCCCGAAGCCAGAGGAGCCGCCGGAACUAAACCGGCAGAGCCCCAACCCGCGCAGGACUAGCUCGGUGCCUCAGUCCCUCGGCGCACUUAUGAACGGCGCCCCCAUUGGCAGCGGCCGGACACCAGUCGGACUCUCUGCGGCCUCUUUGGUGGCAGCCGCCGCCGCCACCACCUCUGCGGACCUGUCUGGCAAGCGGCCGGGCUCUGUCUCCAGCAGUGAGCACGAUGGCAAGGAGAAGCACAGGGCCGACAGCUACUCAGAGCUGGGCGAGAACCACAAGAGCAGGGCCGAGGAGUGGAUCAGCAAGCCCAAGACGGUCAGGGACACUCUGAUGGCCAUGCAGCACAGCCACUCGCCCUUUGACUCCAAAUUCAAGAAGGACCCCGGGCCCGGAAGGGUGCUGAGCUUUGAAGCCAACAACCCCGCUUCCAAAUCUGGUGCCCGUGGUGGUAGAAAAAGGAAACCAUCGCCAGAACCAGAAGGGGAAGGUGGCUCUGUCAAAAUGAAUGGAGAAGGACAACCGUGGCUGCCAGCGGCAGAGAGCCUUAAAAUUUCUACAAUGGCUAGCCCAUCUUUUAUAUCUCCACCUUCUACUGUUUCUCCUCAUUCCAACCGUACAACACCACCAGAAGCUGCACAAAAUGGCCAGUCACCCAUGGCUGCUCUGAUAUUAGUCGCUGAUAACGCUGGUGGCAAUCAUGCAUCAAAAGAUGCUAACCAGGUGCAUUCUACAACAAGAAGAAACAGUAGCAGUCCACCAUCACCAUCUUCUAUGAACCAAAGAAGAAUGGCUCCCAGGGAUGUGCCAAGCCAAAUUCCCAGUGGAGGAACAUCAUCCCAUGCAGGAAUGGAACAAGGGCAUCCUCAAAGCAUUCCCGACUCUUCUAUACCAAACAGUAUACCAUUAUGCUGCACUCUUUGCCAUGAGCGUCUUGAAGACACACAUUUUGUACAGUGCCCUUCCGUACCUUCUCAUAAGUUUUGUUUCCCAUGUUCAAGGCAAAGUAUUAAACAACAAGGAUCAUCCGGAGAAGUAUAUUGUCCAAGUGGGGAGAAAUGCCCCUUGGUGGGAUCAAAUGUACCAUGGGCCUUCAUGCAGGGAGAAAUUGCCACCAUUCUUGCCGGGGAUGUAAAAGUGAAAAAAGAAAGGGACUCUUGACUUUUUUUAGCUUGGUAGCAACCAUUAUCUCUAACUAAAACUUCUUGAGUUGUGUGUAUAUAUAUAUCUAUAUAUACCCAAGACAAGGGAAAUGUAGACUGCAUAAACAUGGCUGUAUAAUUUUUAAUUUUUGAAUACAUUGUGUUUCUAUUUUUGAAGACAAAGGUAUGUACUGAUUCAAAAGGUAUUUCCUCUUUGUUAAUGUUAUUUGCAAGUAUUUGUUCUUAUCCAGUGACAGUUACUGUUCAGUGUAGGCUGUGACUUGAGAUGCUUUUUAGAGCACUUGGAAAAACAGAAAUGCUUUUAGCUGUAUUUGUAUGCACUUGUUAAAAAUGCCAAAUACAUUUUAUGACAUUGUAAA